GAGUGCUCUUUCCUCGAGUCACCUUGCAGUGGCAUGCUUUCACUGUUUGCGCUGCACAAGGCCGAGUCUGGAAUUGAGAGCGCAUGAGGCGGGCAAGCGAAAUAUGGCCAUGGUGCAAUCAAGCUGCCGCAUGCUGACCUAAAGUGGUUCGGCGUCAUCCUCCUUUACCAUCGUUAUCGCGAUAAAACAUUACGCCUUGCGUCGCUCUUCGUGGUCGAAACAGUCGUUGUAUUGCUCAUCUUGUCUUUGCUGACUUGGCACCGCCAGCCUCACCGCAAUCAAACAGGCCACUACCAGGCUUCAUUCCGCGGUGCCCCACCCCGCCCCCCGGACACUACACCCAUUCUCCCUCUCUCACCCUCGCUAUCAUGGGCAAGCCGCCGAAUCUAUACGCCUUCCAGGGCGCCGACGAGCUUGCGCCGAGCUUCCGCACCUUCAUCCUCGAUGCGCAGAACAACGCCCUCGACCGACACAACGUCUUUCGAGUGGGAGUCUCCGGUGGCUCGCUCCCCAAAGUCCUAGGAAAGGCGCUCUUAGAGGCAACCAAUGGCGAGGCGAAAGUCCAGUUCGACAAAUGGGAGAUCUUCUUUGCAGAUGAGCGUGCGGUACCGCUUGAUCACGAAGACAGCAACUACAGGCUGGUGAAGGAAGAACUCUUGGACAAGAUUCCCGCCGAGCUUGGCAAGCCCACUGUCUAUCCCAUCGACGUCAAGUAUCUGGAUGAUGUGCAGGAAAUGGCAGACCAGUAUGAGCAAACCCUGGUCAGCGUCUUUGCCGCUAGGGAUAGCGUCAGAGUUCCGAUGUUUGAUUUGCUCCUGCUCGGCUGUGGUCCCGAUGGCCAUACCUGCAGCCUGUUCCCGGGCUCUCCCCUCUUACGAGAGACUGAUGCCUGGGUUCUCUCCAUCUCCGAUUCCCCUAAGCCUCCACCAAAACGCAUCACUCUAUCGCUACCGGUUGCAUCGCACGGAAUCAGGAUUGGGUUUGUUGCAACCGGCGGGGGAAAGAAGGAUAUUAUGAAGCAGAUCUUUGACACUGAAGAAGGAAGACAGCUGCCGUGUGGCCUAAUCAACACGUUCGCGCAAGAGAGAGUCAGCUGGUUUGUGGACUACCCAGCAAUCGAAGGUGUCUCAUUCCCAGCACGCCGCGGCAGCCUCUAAAAUUCAAUGUGGCGAUGGAACGUGGGAUAGUGGGUCGACAUUUUCUUUGUGCUUUCGCGAUGGAUAUCCACCAGGUUUUGGACGGUUGUUAUCUCGAAGUAAGCACCGGAUCUUUCGCUUAGACGGGAUCUCUAGCUAUAGAAUACAAGUAUCCUCUUAGGGCCUCAAAGGUGUCAUUGGCUUCAGCAUCAGAAAAUUACCUAAGUAGUUAGGCAGUACCAAGGUUCAAGACCAGAUUCAAUUUCAC